AUGGCUUGUUCAUGCCGCACAGCUGCUCUGCAAAUAUUUGUCCGGAGUCUGGCCCAGGUCCACGCUCCGACGACACAUCAUGUGAGAUCGGCAUGGCUCGCGACCCGCCCGCGGCUCCCUAGCCGCAACAUCUCUGUUGCUUCCCACUGCCGACGAGCACACACUACCGCAGGGUCUUCCGACGUCGUUGCGCAGGAAACACAAGGGCAACAGGCGCUUCCAGAAGACCAUCACAAAGACCAGCCAGAGCGGGACCCGACCUCGUCUACUCUACAGUCUCGAGCUGCGGAGUCAUCAGCAGAGCACGACAUGAUGUUCUCCAUAAAGCCAAGCUCCAAGAACGCGAUCCGAAAAGCGGCUAGAUACCGAAACAAAUCACCAGGGAGUCAGGAGCAAGCAGAGAGUCCAGAAAAGGUCCAGAAGUCCAAGGACAGUGCAGACGAGCGGACAAAGAAGGCGAAAAAGGGCAAGAAAGGCAAAAAGGACAAGACACUACUGGAAAGGGCAGAAAAACGGAAGGAAAAAGAACGAAUCGAAAAGGAAAGGAUCGAACGCCAGGCUGCCAAGGCUAAGAAUCAAGAACCAAGGAAGGAUGAAAGACCAGUGUGGUUGAAACAGAAACAGGCGCUCAAGCAGAAGUUUCCAGAGGGCUGGAGGCCGCCCAAGAGGCUGUCCCCCGACGCGCUCGAGGGCAUCCGGGUCCUGCACCAGCAGUUCCCGGACAUGUACACCACGGAGGCGCUGGCCGAGAAGUUCGAGGUGUCGCCCGAGGCGAUCCGGAGGAUCCUGAGGGCCAAGUGGGAGCCGACGGCCGAGGAGGAGGAGGACCGCCAGCGCAGGUGGUUCAACCGCGGGGUCAGCGUGUGGCAGCGGUACGCGGAGCUGGGAAGACAGCCUCCGCGAAGGUGGCGCGAGGCCGGGGUGGAGGCAAGUCCCUGGCAGGGGACGAUACCACGUGAGAAAGAGUAUGGCGAAGAGGAGGGUGAGGCGGAAAAGGUCGACCAGGAGACGGCCACGCGGCUGCAGGCUCAGAUGAAGCUGUCAAAGAGUUUGGUGUAA